AAACGUCUAAAAUAUCGCACGUAUCCAAUGUAUCCAUAAGAUAACAAGAAUAUUUACAAUACCAGACUACGAACGUAUAUAUUUAGACACGACACAGUCUUACGUUAUUUCCUAGUUCAUUGAUACGGAGUGAAUCUGUGUUAUCAGUCGUGUUAUAAAUAUGGCUAGCAAAGUACCAAAAAUUAAGUUUAAUAACGGACAGGAAUUUCCAGUAUUUGGUUUAGGAACAUGGAAAUCCAAACCUGGUGAGGUAACACAAGCAGUAAAAGAUGCCAUAGACAUAGGCUACCGUCACAUAGACUGUGCUCACCUUUAUGGUAACGAACCGGAAGUAGGAGAAGCCUUAAAAGCCAAAAUCGGAGAUGGAACUGUAAAGAGAGAAGAUAUUUACAUUACCAGUAAACUAUGGAACACAAUGCACAGACCAGACUUAGUAGAACCAGCGAUAAGAACUACAUUGAAAGAUCUAGGCCUCGAUUAUUUAGACUUAUAUUUGAUCCACUGGCCUUACGCUUUUAAGGAAGGAGGUGACUUAUUUCCCGUAGAUGAAAGUGGGAAAACUUUGUUUAGCGAUGUUGACUAUUUGGACACAUGGAAAGAAAUGGAAAAACUGGUUCAAAAAGGUCUCACAAAAUCUAUUGGAGUUUCCAAUUUCAACAAGAGGCAACUCGAAAGGGUAUUAGCCAACGCUACUAUUCCUCCAGUAACUAAUCAGAUUGAAGUUCAUCCAUAUUUAAAUCAACAAAAACUAAUCGACUUUUGUCGUUCGAAAAACAUCGUCGUAACAGCGUACAGUCCCCUGGGUUCGCCUGAUAGACCAUGGGCGAAACCUGACGAUCCCCAGUUGCUGGAAGACCCCAAAAUUAAAGCCAUCGCCAUUAAAUAUGGUAAAUCACCCGCCCAAGUUGUAAUUAGGUACGGUAUUCAAAGAGGCCUAAUUAUUAUUCCAAAGUCGGUGACAAAAUCCAGAAUUCAACAGAAUUUCGAUAUCUGGGAUUUCCAGUUGUCUGAAGAAGAUAUUGCUCAACUGAACACAUUUGAUUGCAAUGGAAGAGCUUGUGCAUCUAUUGAAGCCUAUGAUCACAAAGACCACCCUUUCAUCCGUGAUGAGUACUAAAUGAAGCAGUAUAUAUUUCUCUAAUCGCCGAAUUGCGAUAAAUAAUAAUGUACUAGGAUAAUAUAUAUUUUUUAAUUAUUGUAAUAAUUUGCUUUUUAUAAUUACAUUUAUUACAUGGAAAAGAAACCAAAAAUGUGUAAAGGUCCUCUAAGUAGCAAUAAAGAUUUUUUUUUAAUAACA